CUAAUUAAUUACUCUUCUUUGCAGAUGGCUGGUGGAGAUAAGGGUAAGGGUCACGCAGAGCAAACAAAGUCCAAUACUGGGAAGUGGAGAGAACUUUCUAGGUUGCGACAUGCCAUCCUCGGUGGUGGUAGAUCAAGCGGCACAUCGGCCAGCGCAUCUGCGAGUGCAUCAGGCAGCGCAUCAGCCAGUGCCUCAGCCAGCGCAUCAGCCAGCGCAUCAGCGAGGGCAUCAGGUACUGCCACUGUCAGAGUGCCUACUGGGCCUCACGGCAUGAAUGUCACUAGCACCUCUUCCGGAGGGUUUACACGUUCCACUGAUGAGUCUAGGAUGCACGAUGAUGAGAGCAUGGACUCAGACGAGUCGAUAGAGCAUGAGCAUGACGAUGAUAUGAACCUUGGACCGAGCGUAGCAUACUUUGAUCGCUCUGGCAGUGUCGUCUUCACGGAAGAGGGAGCUCGGAUCAUUUGUUCCACAUUCCAGCAGAGGCUCGAUCCAACAGGGGGUAGUUGGAAGAGCCUAAGCGACGCGACUGUGGACUUUUACUGGAGAGAGUUUAAGAAACAUGCCACUUUGGACCCUCGCAUUGAUGAUAGCGUUAUGUUCCGUGCUUGGCAAUUGAAGGCUAGAAGACGAUACAUCGACUGGCUCUCAUCUAUUAGGAAUGAGAAGAAAGGAACAGAGAAGGUGCAGCCACUUGUACCGCAAUCGUGGAAGGAGUAUUGGAAGUCACCAAAGUUCUUGGCAUCCUCCAAGCAAAACAAGAAAAAUCGGCGUGGCGGUGACGAGAAUGCCCCUGCUAGCGCCACGCACACCGGUGGUCCAUUGUCUUUUCGCGAGACUCAAGCGCGCCUUGGUAAAAGUGGAAAGGCUUCUGACUUGUACUCUUCGUACACACACACACAUACGAAGAAACAUGAUGGGAAGACCUUCGUCAAUAAGAAGGCAGAAGAAGUGUCACAAAACUACGUAGCCAUGCAGGAGGUAGUUCGUGAAGAGGGCUUAAAUGUGACACCUGACGAGAUUUUUCUAUCUACAGUCGGAGGACAUGAUGCCAAGAAUCGUGUUCAUGGUGUUGGAGAUCUCGCACGGAGCCUACCACGAAUGCAUGCAAGUGAGGCAAGACGUGCUAGCACCAACUCUAUGUGGGACUCUCGAGAUGAUGAGAUUCGGAGGUUGAGAGAAGAGCUAGAUGAAAUUAGGGCUUCCCAAGCUCGUGAAUUAUUGUCGAUUAGAGAAGAGAUGACCCGACUUUAUGGAGGAGUUUUCCCACAUGGAAAUGGAGAUGGCGGUGGAGAUGGAUGAGGGGCGGGAUUUGCAGGAGCUUGUUGAGUGUUAUAUUAGAAUUGAAGAACAAUAUAUUAAACUUAAGUUUUAUGG